CUCAUGUCUUAUCCUUCAUCCUUAUUCGGAACCAUUGACCACACUUUAUAGCUAUGAUCAUAUGAGGUUGCCAUAUGCACAGAAAUGUGAAUACAUAAAUGCUGGUGGUGCUCUUUGAGUUUACAGCCCCUCUGCAAAUCGCCGGAGCUUGUCCCUUGCUGAAAUCGGAAAACCCAACGAACUUGGAAAUCUCUAAAGUUGAAAGAAGCGGGGUGUGAGGUAACGAGCAAGGCAUCUUUAAAUCGAAUUCCUGAGAGCAGCGGAGAGCUUAAAGUGGGAGCUCAAGGCGUCGCUGAAGGAAAUGGAUGGAGAGGGACGCUCAGGACUUCUGAAAGUAGCCCCAAAUGUGCGUAAUGCGCUUAAACGUGGCAAUGCAGUUGUCGCAUUGGAAUCAACAAUAAUUUCACAUGGCAUGCCAUAUCCGCAAAAUCUUGAGACUGCUAAAGAAGUUGAGGCUAUUGUGAGGCAAAAUGGGGCUAUUCCUGCUACCAUUGCAAUACUUGAUGGUGUUCCGUGUAUUGGCCUGAACGACGAGCAACUAGAAAGGCUCGCGAAACUUGGAUCCAGAGCUCGAAAAACUGCUCGUAGAGAUAUUCCUUAUGUCAUUUCAGCUCGUGAAAAUGGUGCAACAACUGUUUCAGCCACAAUGUUUUUUGCUUCUAAGGCCGGCAUACCACUUUUUGUCACUGGAGGCAUUGGUGGAGUGCACAGGCAUGGUGAACAAACUAUGGAUAUAUCAUCUGAUCUCACUGAACUUGGAAGGACUCCAGUGGCUGUUGUUUCUGCUGGUGUGAAGUCGAUUUUAGACAUUCCCAAGACAUUGGAAUAUUUGGAAACCCAAGGAGUGACUGUUGCUGCUUAUAGAACCAAUGAGUUUCCAGCAUUUUUCACCGAGUUCAGUGGAUGCCAGGUUCCGUGUCGGGUAGAUAGUCCUGAGGAAUGUGCGCGGCUUAUAAAUGCAAACCUGAAUGUAAGGCUUGGAAGUGGAAUACUGAUUGCUGUGCCUAUUCCUAAAGAACACGCAGCUUAUGGACAUGACAUUGAAUCUGCAAUACAAAGAGCCCUAAAAGAAGCAAAUGAAAAAAGGGUAACAGGGAAUGCUGCUACUCCAUUCUUACUCGGUAGAGUGAAUGAGUUAACAGGUGGAGCGUCAUUAGCUGCCAAUAUUGCUCUGGUGAAGAACAAUGCUGAUGUCGGUGCCAAAAUUGCAGUUGCUCUUGCAAAUUUGAGACAGAGUCCCUUAAGGUCUGCAAUCUGAGCUUUUAUAUAUCUGGAGAGGACCUAUAUCUUAAACUAAAUAAAUUUCUUCAUGUUCUUAUACAUGCCACCUGCUUCUCAUCAAUUAUAUUUUGUUGAAGGACCAUUUUGAAAAAGGUUAGACUGAGUUUUAUAUUCA